ACUACCCAUUGCAGCAUCCGUAUAUUAAAGCAAACUCUGCAACUUUUACUCGGUCAAUAAUACACGGAUAGUAAACCUUCAUUGAUUCUCUCUCCAUUGAUUUGCUCUCCACUUUCUUCAAUGGCCACCAGAGAUGCCGAGAUCAUCCACGACUUCCGUUUUUUCCGUGUAUACAAAGACGGCAGCGUUGUCCUCUCCAAUCCCACCACUGAUAAAAGAAUCCCACCGUCAGAUGACCCGAAUUCUAGAGUCCGAUCCAAAGACAUAGUCAUCUCAUCUGAACCAGCUGUAUCAGCUCGUGUCUUCGUCCCCGGAUCCGCCAAUUUGACGCAGAAACUCCCUCUCCUUUUGUACAUGCACGGUGGUGGUUUCUGCAUGCAAUCAGCUUUCACUCCCAGGUACCAUAAUUAUGUUGAUACCCUUGUUGCUGAAGCUAAUAUAAUUGCUGUCUCUGUUGAGUACGGGUUGUUCCCAGACAGACCUAUACCUGCAUGUUACGAGGACUCUUGGGCUGCACUUAAGUAUGUGGUGUCACAUGUUAAUGGGGAUGGACCUGAACCAUGGUUCAAUGAUCAUGUAGAUUUUGGUCGUGUUUUUAUCGGUGGAGAUAGUGCUGGAGGGAACAUAGCUCAUAAUUUGGCGGUUCGGGUUGGGACAGAUGGGUUGCCUGAAGUGAAAUUGGUUGGGGUGAUUAUGGUGCACCCGUUUUUUGGUGGUACGGAAGAUGAUCAAAUGUGGCUAUGUAUGUGUCCGGAGAAUGGUGGAUUGGAUGAUCCUAGAAUGAGACCUGGUAAAGAGAAUCUAGCUAGACUAGGGUGUGAGAGGGUAUUGAUGUUUGUGGCUGAAAAAGACCAUCUUUUUGUUGUGGGUAAGCGCUACUAUGAGGAAUUGAAGAAGAGUGGUUGGGGAGGAAAUGUAGAGAUUGUUGAGAAUUUAGGGGAGGGGCAUUGUUUCCAUUUGCGUGACCUCAAAUAUGAGAAGGCUGUGGAUUUGAUUAGAAAAUAUGUUUCUUUCUUGAAACAAGAGUAAUGGUUGUAUUUUUGACUUUGUGUGAUGAAUAAAAAGAAUAUCAAUUCAGGGGAAUAUUCUUGCUUUAUAAAAUAUUCUGUCUGCUUUGAUUUGUUUUACUCUUACAUGGCAAUUGGAAUGGUAACUCCAUCCUUCAUCAUUAUUGAAGAGGGUAAAAAUCUAGGUUGACGGAUCUCCAUGAAAUGGGCCUGAUGGUUCCACAUCCAUGGGCCGAUAGAAGACGGGCCCAACUUAUGCAAGGUCUAUUAUGGACGGAUCAUGCAUAAAUGGAUGCAACAAGGACGGAUCAAGCACCCACGUGGCAUCUAGAAACCCUAAUGGGAAAUACUUGCGACACACAUUUAGCCAUCAUAGAAUCUCAAGGUAAAUGGAAUCCUUGCACAAAGAGAAUUCCAAAAGAUAUGCGCAUUAAUGAAGAUCUUCUCUAUAAGGAAAUGUCUUGUCCAUCAUGUUUGGGACUAUUUAAGAGGAUUCUUAUAAGAAAAAGACUUCUACACCAAGGAAGAGAUAUCAAACUUCUACUACUAUAAAAACACCAAUACCUUCACAAAUCAAGGUACGCAUAAUUUACCAUUCUCUAGCACUCUAGAGUUGUGAGAAUAGUUCUAACUUGACCUUCGGAGGGUAUUCGGCCAAAAUCACAUUGGUGCUCUAUGUUAGGUCUUCUCUUUUGCUGUGCAGGUAUCGUUACGAGCGUGCGAAGAUCGUGUGACUCACUGGUGAUAGUUACGGCAUCAUCAAUUGUAAAUUUAGUCAUGAAAUGGCUAAUUGAAUACCCAGCCAUCUAACAACACAGUUAGGAGAGUGCACUCAAUAAUGAGUUGGGUUUUGUAGUUUCAAAUCUGCACAUUGGCUGCUCAUUUCCUUGUCAGUGGUUUUUCUUUCAUUUCGGUUGAGCACUGAAUAAUGGGUUGAGAAGAGUGCUCAACUGUGCGAUGAUUUUGAUCCUAUCUAGAAUCAUAUGACUCAUCUAUUUGUAAAGUAAUAUGUUUUUCUAUUUUUAUUUUUUAUAUAUAUAAUAUUUUUUAGUCAAUAUGAGAACGGGUUACUACAUCUUGUAUGAAGAUUGUCACAUAAUUUUUAGCCAAGCCAGUAAUGUAAUAUUGUCACCAAGUGAGACAUUAACAAGUAGUUGGAUCAAUGUAUGAAUUGCUAAGGUGUGGUAUUA